AUGGGCUGUGUGAAUAGCACUGACCAAAAUGCGAAGGCACGCUCAAAGCAGAUCGAUGAACAGCUGAAAGCAGAUGGCGAGAGGGCAUCGCGCGAAGUGAAGCUACUGUUGCUGGGAGCGGGCGAAUCUGGGAAAAGUACCAUUGUAAAGCAGAUGAAAAUUAUUCACGAAACAGGUUACAGCGAUGAAGAACGAAAAGCAUAUAAGCCAGUUAUCGACUUCUCAGUGUCUGGCCGAAGUGAUGAUGCCCGUCAAUUUUUCAUGCUGGCACAAAGUUGCGACGAGGGUGAAUUACCGCCCGAAUUAGCCGUUUGUAUGAAACGUUUGUGGGCCGAUCCUGGCGUGCAGGAAUGCUUCAUGCGCUCGCGAGAAUAUCAGCUAAAUGAUUCUGCUCCAUAUUAUCUCAAUUAUCUCGACAGGCAUGUGUUGCUACCGUUCAUUCAGACCUCCCAAGUUUUGCUUCUGCUGAUGAAAAGUGUUAUUUCAAACAGUAAAGUGCCUAUGUGCCUAUGUUUAGAAUGUCGCUUUUUAUUAGUUACACUGAUAUCGCAGUCUGGGUAUGUGCCAACACAAGAUGAUGUCUUGAGAACGCGUGUAAAAACUACGGGAAUUGUCGAGACACAUUUUACUUACAAGGAUUUGCAUUUCAAGAUGUUUGAUGUUGGUGGUCAACGCUCGGAGCGAAAAAAAUGGAUCCAUUGUUUUGAGGGUGUAACAGCAAUCAUAUUUUGUGUUGCGAUGUCCGAAUAUGAUAUGAGGCUUGCCGAGGACGAUGAGAUGAAUCGCAUGGUUGAAAGCAUGAAAUUGUUCGAUUCAAUUUGCAACAACAAAUGGUUCACGGACACAUCGAUAAUAUUGUUUUUGAACAAGAAAGAUCUCUUUGAAGAAAAAAUUCGAAAAUCACCGUUAACAUUGUGUUUUCCGGAGUACGCUGAUGGGCAGAAGGAAAUCUACACGCAUUUCACGUGUGCAACCGAUACCAACAACAUUCGUUUCGUAUUCGAUGCAGUCACCGAUAUAAUCAUCAAGGAGAAUUUGCGGCAGUGCGGGCUUUUCUAG